ACAAACCGACCGAGUUUCCAUAUUCAAGAUGCACUUCUCAUUACCCUGACCAACUAACGUGUGAAAACCUAAAUAUCAGUAAAGAAAGACGAGACCAACAGAGUAUGUGGCCACCUGGGCCAUAUGCAAUACCAAUGUCCAAGUAUGGCUGUCCUGAGUCACAGUCCCGCGGAUGGUUUAAGAGUUUUUUGAAGGUGAAUAUGGUCGUAUUAAGUAGCAGUUCUGACAGUUCCUCUACACUUAAUGGCAGGGAAUCGGAGCCGGUCUCUUUAUUCGAAGACGAUGACUUUUUCAAACCACCUUUCAAAACUGAGGAUUUGAAGCUGUAUUUUUGCGUAAAAUACCGAAAUGAAACUAAACUUGAUCAAGGACAAUGGAUUCCAGGAAAUUACAGCAUUUAUAAGAUUGGACAAUCGUGUCCUUUAGAAUUCGAAGAGUCAAGCCGAACACUUCCCGUCACUGACUUUGUGUCGUAUGGUAUUGUUCCUAAUAUUGAAGUGCCUAAAGGAGAUGGUGGUGGUGGUGGUGGAGGAAGUGGUGGUAAAAGUGGUAGUUGUGGUGGUGGUGGUGAAGGUGGUGGAUGUGGAGAUGGAUGUGGAGGUGGUGGUGGAGGUAGUGGUGGUGGUGGUGGUGGAGGUGGUGGCU